UUAAAAUUUAUGCUUUGAUAUGAGCGAUGAACAAAAAAAAUUAUUACUUUAAAAUUUACAGUUAAAAGCGUUUAUUUGGUCUGAAAAAUUCUUAAUAACAGUUGUGUAUGCUGUAUUAUAAUAAGCUUGUAUUAAACAUUUAAAGAUAAACCUAAGCUAAAAACUGCUGUUGGUCAGCUUGGUUAAAAAAUGGCCUACACUAGUCGCAUAGUAUCUGGGUAUCGGAGCCAACCAGCAAGUUGUAGAAAUUCAUUACUGAUACCCGCUGAGUAUAAUGUUUCCAACUUUUCCGAAGAUUUAAGUAGCUUUGAUAUUCAGUUUAAAAAACUAAUGGAAAGAACUGAAAAGUUUACAACUCGUGUAGAAAAACUGCAUUCUGUUUCUUCAAACAUUAAAAAAAGUUUUCGAAGGUUAGACAGUACUGUUUCAGGUCUGCGAACACAUUUUGAUGGUACAGAUGAUGAAAUAGCGGAUAGACAUCGGAAAGAAUCACUCACUACCGAGGAGGAGUGGAGAAAAUUCUUAGAUGCUGGUGUUUUAAUUGAAAAAGCUGUCGAGCUAUUACGACAGCAUAUUCACUUUCCAAAACCUGCUUUUGAGUAUUCGCCAGAGGAACGCUCUCCUUAUUCUUUUGAUAUUUCUUCAAACACAAGUUUAGUAUCCAUGCCUCAAUCACCAACUGAUGAUGCAAUGAAAUUGCAAUUGUCUGGAAAUAACAACUUGCGCGAAAAAACUGUUAGUUUGGUAAAAAAUAUAGAAACUUUGCCGUUGGAAGCAAUAAAAGAAGAGACUAACAAAGAUAAAUACCAAGUCGAUAACAAUUUUGACAGACACAAUAUUACCGAUCCAGAAAAAAAUUUGUCAAAGAGUACUUUUAAAACUAACAAUGGAGAUUGUGGCGAAUCAAAUGUAGUUCGUCGGAAUAAAUCUUAUUACCAAGUUUCGAAAGACAGCAGAGAUUCUCGGACAAAAUCUUUGUUUGAAAUAAGUACUGUUGAUAUAUCUCCAUGGAUUCACAACUUAAAUUCAAAUGAAGUUACAAAAUUAGGUAAUAAUAGUAAUAUAAGUACAGAAAAAAACAAUAUGGAUAACAAACCAAGUAACAAAAACAAUUUGAGUACUUUUAAUAAUGAUAAAAAAAAUGACGAAAAUAUCCAGGAUACUAGAAACAAAAAAUCAGCCAGCAGUAGUUUUCAUGAAUAUAAUACAUCUAAUAGAAUCCCUCUCAGAGAGAGACUUGCAAUGAAAGAAAAAGAGAAAGAAGAAGCAAAAAAUCGAGAACAAGUUUUUGAUUCAAAAAGUUUGGUUGCUUCAACGUCGAAACAAACAAAAAUUAAAGCUCAGAAAGAAAAUGGCUCAAAAGAAGGCGACUCAUUUAAAUCAAGAUUCUUAAGACAAUUUAGAAGAAACGAUAAAAACGAAAAAAGUGAUAUAGAAGCCACUAAAGAGCGCAGAAGAACUACAAGAAAACGAAGCGAUGAAGAUAUUUCUUUUGCACAACCUGUUCUAGUCCAAGAAGAGAGCAUAAAUAAAGAGACUUUUGAGCAAAAUCUUGAUGGUAAAAGAACAAAUGAACAAAAACACAAUAACUCAAAUACAACUGAGCAAAAAACUGAUAACACAAGUAAUGAGUCUUUUAAACGCAUUUCGAAUAAUUAUUUAGCAAAAAAAGAAAAUUUGGAUAAAGAGUUAAAUAGCAAACUAGAAAAUAGCUCCAUGUUUCGUAGUCAUGGAAUAGAGAGUAAAAACUUUGAUUUAACAAACAAACAACAAAACAACACGCUUAUUAAUUAUAAAACCGAUGAUCAUUAUAAAAACCAUUAUCUUGUUAAAAAUCAACAAAGUUCCAUGUUUAGUAAUCAUACAAACAAUAAUCACAGCAAUAAUGUGGAUGUAAAAAAUAACCAGCAUAGCAAUUCAAUGCUUUAUAACAAUGAAACCAAUAAACAAAAAAAUUUAGAUAUAGAUAUCACAAACAAGCAACAAAUUUUAAGUAAUAGAACCGACAACCAUAGCAGCAACCUUGACAUAAUAAACAUGCAAAGCAAUAAAAAUGUUUUACAAACGGAAAAUAUUUAUUCUACAUCCAAUAAUUCUUAUGAGUUAAAUAUUGAGAAGUGUUCAAAUGAGAAUUCAGAACGCAUUAAAGAUUUGAAUCUAAUAAAAUAUUUAAAUAAAAAUACAACCGAACCAAUAUUUAAAAGAACAAUAAAACAAAACAAUAUUUAUUUUGAAGACACAAUUGAACCAAUGAAAACUUAUUUAGAAAACACUAUAAAAUCAAUAGAAACUUGUUUUGAAAACACAAAGAAACCAAUUGAAACCUUUUUAGUAAGCGAUAAAUCUUGUGAACCGCUUCAAGUUCCAUUUGCUAAAAAAACAAGUUUGAGCAAAACCUAUUUCAAAGAAGAAAGUAUUUACCCGGUUGUUACUCCAAGUAAGCAGAUCGACUUCUCGAGGAUUUUAACAGUUUUAAAAGAAUGUCAUCAACCGAUUUUAGAGAAGGAUAUUGCAGUUAUUUCAAAAGUUGACCAAAAUAAUCUUGAUAGUUUAUUCAAUAAUAUUUAUUUAGAUAGCCUAAAUUUUGAAAACCAUAAUCCUGAUAUUAUUAUAAAUAAACUAGGAAAAUCAACCAACACCAUAGAUGUCACUAACCAAAGAAACCAUUCUCCUAAUACCAAUCAUUUAACGCAUCAAAACCAUUCUAAUAUCAAUCAUCCAGUCCAACAGCCAACCAACGACAACAAUUCAAAUUCUUUAGGCUACAAAAGAGAACAUUUUUUAAAUAAAGAACAAAACAGUGCCACAAAUUGUCAUGUAAACAACUUAAUAAAUAAUACAGACUCGGUCUUAAAUUUUGCUCAAAAAACAACGUGUAUGAAAGAUGAAGAGUUGACUGUAAAAUCGAUAAAUUCAUUUGAUGAAAUGCUCAAUGAAUUUGAAAAACUAACCAAUGAAAUGCACGAAAGUUUGCAAAACUUAAAUAGCACUGCCAAAAAAAAAGAGGAAAGUUUAAUGAAUCAAUCUAAAAGCACAUUGAAUAAACCUGUGUUGGUUAAUUUAUUUUUUGAAAUACAAAAUACCAAAGAACAAACUGAAAUUGUUUCAAAACUUAAAGAACAUCCCGCAUUUACUAAAAAAAAAUUGUUUACAAUUGAUCAUUUAGACAUUAGUGAAAGUGAGGAAUUAAAUAAAAAAAAUCUGAUACAAAUAACGAAAAUUUUAGACAAUGAAGAAAUGUUACUAUCCUACGACAAUUUGCUCAAGAGUCGUGAGCAAAUGCAAAAAAAAAGUAAAAUUCCAAUUCUUAUAAAAAAUGAAAAUAACCUUUCUGAAAAAUGUGAAAAGACGGUUGUUUCAGAAAAAUCUGAAAGUUCGGAACCAUCAUCGUUAUAUAAUUUUUCAAAUAAUUGCUUAAAAAAGAUAUCAACUAAUGUUCUACCGUCAGAUGAAUUUAAAAAUGAUGUGAACUAUAGAGAAACAACUCCAUUUACAGUAGACAGACAUGAGAAGAACAAAGAAAAACGCGUAAGUUAUAGAGAAAAACGCGAAUCUCACAUGCACUUGCUAAGAAAAAAAAGUUCUAAUGAAGAAAAUAUAUUUAAUUCAGAUUUAACUACAAGUUGCAUAUAGAUAUCUCUAAGUUGUAUAUCAAACUCUACAAGUUGCAUAUAUAAGUCUGUAAGUUGUGAAUCAAACUAUACAAGUUGCAUAUAGGAGUCUGUUGGUUUUAUAUCAGAUUUUAAAAGUUACUUUAUGAAGUUUGCAACUUGUAUACCAGAUUUUACAAGGUACAAACAGAAGUUUGCAAGUUGUGCACAAUCUACAUACAGAAGUUAUGUACAAGUUAUAUACAGACGUUUACAUGUUGUAUACAAGUUAUAUACAGACGUUUGCAAGUUGUGUACAAGUUAUACACAGACGUUUGCAAGUUGUGUACAAGUUACAUAUAGAGCUCUACAAGCUGAAUAUAGAAAAAAUAAGUUUAAGCAAAAAUUAGAAACAAAAUACGCUUUGCUGUCAUAAAAAAUUUAAAAAAUUUCCAAAAUAAAUAUACCACAUUGAUGCAAUAUAUCAUUGUUAUAAACUAAAGACAAAAAAUUAUAUCUUUUUUGUUACUAAGAAGUGUAUGAUCACAUAGCAGAUAUAUAAAAACGUUUUUUUAAUAGCGCCCUAGCAUUUCCUAGUCUAAAUUUCCAAUAGGACUCUAAAAAACGUUUGGUUUGAUAGCAAGCCUGCUUUCUUUAUUCAAAAGGUCUUACAGGAUCCUUAAAAAUUUCAGGUUUGUCAUUAAAUUGAAUAAAUGAAUUUUGUAAUAAAAAAGUUUUUAAAAAUAUUUUGGAUUCAACUUACUCAUAAUAUUAACCUACCACGAUAUUAUCAACAUACCUACCACGAUAAUGUUAACAUACCUACCACAAAAGUUGAGUUCAGUUAGCAUUGAUAUCUUUUUUUUUUUUGACAUUUUGUCUAUACCAAUUGAGGUGGGGAUCGAAACAACAUUGAGAAUGAUUAUAAAGUAUGUGUGAAAAGAGGCAUAUUUACAAUUGAAUGCAAAAGUUAUUCUUUAACAUUUUUUAUCCAAUGAAUUUAUUAUCAGCCGUGGCGAAGUUAGCGCAUAAACUUGAAUUUUUAAAAAAAAAAAAAAAAAGAAAUUUAAAUUCUGGUCAAUGCCUGCUAACUCUAGAUAAAUGUAUGUAACUUAAGCCACAAAGCAUUAUGGGAUGUCUUGCAUGACCAAAUAAUCAUAGAAGUACGCAACUCUUUGUGAAGUAUAAAAACUUUUGUAUUAUUCUUACCAGGGCUUCCCAUAAAGAAAACUUUUCUUUUAUAAAUAAAAAUUUUUUAAAACUAUUUUAUAACAUUGCUUAUAUAUCGUCAAACAUUAACAUUUUAACGCAGUUAAUAUUUGAUAUAAAUUUAAAAUGUUUUGCAUAAGUCUUUUUAAUCACGUUAUCACUGUAUUCGUUUCAUAUUAGCUAAAUAAAUAGUUGGUAAUACCGAGAGAAAAAACAACAAAAAGAAAUAA